AGGUGGGGGAGCGGGGGGAAGCGGCACAAAGUGAAGCCACAUUGCCAAACUUGCCCGGCGAUUGCAGCAUCGAGCGGCGGCGGCGCCCUGCGUGUGCGGCUCAGCGGCGGGGACCGAGCUCUGCAGCUCCCCUCCCGGGAAGCGGGAGCUGGAGGAAGGACCCGGGCAGACGCCUCUCAUAGCAAUAUCUAUAUUUUUCCAGCCUGGGCUGCCCCUUGCCGGGCGGAGGGCUCCCUCCAGCCGGCGAGAGGGCGAGCGCUGUGCUUAUUUCUUUGCGAGAAGACCUCCUCAGGCACCCCGAGCGGCGCUCCCCGGCCUUUUGCAAUAUAGAGGGGAAGCAGGCCAUGGUGAACCCCGGCGGCAGCGCGCAGCCGCCCCCGGUCUCGGCGGGCUCCCUCUCCUGGAAGAGGUGCGCCGGCUGCGGGGGGAAGAUCGCCGACCGCUUCCUGCUCUACGCCAUGGACAGCUACUGGCACAGCCGCUGCCUCAAGUGCUCCUGCUGCCAGGCCCAGCUGGGGGACAUCGGCACCUCCUGCUACACCAAGAGCGGGAUGAUUCUCUGCAGAAACGACUACAUCAGGUUAUUUGGAAAUAGUGGUGCUUGCAGUGCCUGUGGACAGUCCAUUCCUGCUAGUGAGCUGGUCAUGAGGGCACAGGGCAAUGUCUAUCAUCUUAAGUGUUUUACAUGCUCUACCUGCCGGAAUCGCCUGGUCCCCGGAGAUCGGUUUCACUACAUCAAUGGCAGUUUAUUUUGUGAACAUGAUAGACCUACAGCUCUCAUCAAUGGCCAUUUGAAUUCACUUCAGAGUAAUCCACUACUGCCAGACCAGAAGGUGAAUACUCCACAAUUACUAAUAAGCUUUCUUAGAGCUAAAUGAAGAUCAAUUUCUUUUCAUUCUAAUAGUGGACAUUCCCUGCCCCUGCAAAGAGACCUUAUUUAAGUAGCUGAACUUACCUUAAGUUAUUUAGGCACAGGGUUUGGGGAGAAAAUAGUAACCUUUUAAAUAUGACAUAGAGGGUGAGUCAGUUUAUUUUGGUUUGGGCACGUGCAUCUAUACAGGUGUUGAACUCCUUAUGUACAAAGCAAAAUGGAGAGCAUGCAUUAAUACAAACUUCUAAGAAAGAGAAGUAUUUUAUUUUAUAAUAUUGAAAUUAAGGGCUACAAGAGAGCAGGUUCCCGAGGGAGGAAAACUAGGUCCUUUAAUAUGGAAAUAAAUGCUUUGUGAAGAGAAAGUUCCUGGACUAAAUGUAUUUUAUUUAUAUAUUAAGAUUUUAGUUGAGGAAGCAUGCUGGGGUACUCUUUCAGAAGUAUUUUCUGGCCUGCUUUGUGUGUCAUAACUCAGAUUUUAAAACCAAAGUGCUGUUUACGUACUGUUCUGUGACACUAACUUCUCUCUCAACUAGAGAUUGUGUAGCUCUGUGGUUGAUAGUUUUGGUUUCUAGCUAAAUGAGUAAAUAAUGAUUGUACAGAUCAUAGAGUGAAGAAAAAGAAAAAAUUUCGGAUCAACAGUUGUCUUGUAACUCUGAAACUAGAUAGUUUUAGAUGUAUUUUAAUCUUCUUAAUCAGUCCUAAAGCUAUGCAAGUGAGUGCAUUUUGAUAACUGCUGUGCCUAAUUUGUAACAAUUACUGUCAACCUUGAGUUAAGAGACUGUUCAUUCCACCCUGGUCCAGAAAAGAGUGGAUGUAUGACUCUUGCACAUAAUUUUAUUCACAUCAUAUUUCAUACUGAUUAUGUAUUGAUGACAUUGAUUCAUUUACUCUUUACAGCGCCACUUGCAUGGAUAUUAAAUCUUAUUGACCACAGAUGAAUUUUAAUUUCAGAUUGGUGAUAGAUUUUUCCAUCAGCUCUGAUAGUAUAUUUGACUUUUUCAUCAUUAACCCAGGCAAUCACACAGCACUGAGUUAUUGCAAUGAAACAAAAAGUGCACACUUCAGUUGGUAAUUCUUUAUAGAUUUACAAUAGGAACUUCAUUAAUGUCUGUAAGGAUCACAAAAAAUAACAUCUAUCUGCAAGUAGGAAUUCGGAAGAUUAAAAUAAAAUCUGGGACAAAUGCUAGGCUGAUCUAUUCUGUAGUGUGCAGUGUAUUUUGUAGUGCUUUUAGUCAGUGGAGAACUAUGUCUGAGAAAAUAGAAACUGUUCUUUAUUUUACUUUUUUUUUUUCUUCUGGUUGUAUUGCUACAUUUCAAUAUCUGUGUUUGCUUUUUUUUUUCUGUGCAUAAAUUUACUGAUUAAUUUUAAGUAUUCUUUCAAGUCUUAUACAGUGACUGUAAUUACAUCAAAAUAAAGCAUGGACCUUUUUUAUUUAC